AGAGUACACGCGUCCACCGUCCCCACGACUUUUUUUUUUACAGCUAACAGCUGUUUCCCUUUCAUUUCUAUACACAGCAAUUGAGUCCAAACUUAUCAAAUUUUGGUUUCAUUUGUUCCUCUAUUCAACUCUCAAGAAAGUCCUAAAAAAAUAAGAAUCCUUAGACAAACCCAUCAACAGAAUUAAAUUAUCUCAGUGUUUUCAAUUUCCAUCCCCCAAUUCCGGUUUUUUUUUUUUUCUCCCGAUUUUGUUGUAAUUUGCUAAUUAUGGGAGCUGAAGCUGAGGUUAUGGUUCAAGUUCAACAUAAUAUCCCUGUGUUGGAUGUCCCUUGCUGUUCUGAUUUGGAUGUCAAAUGCCCAGAGACAACAAUAUUGCAGUUUGUUCCUAGCAUUCGCUCAGGUAGCUUUGCUGACACUGGCCCACGUAGGUUCAUGGAAGACGAGCAUAUAAGGAUAGACGAUCUUUCUGCACAUCUUGGCACACUCAUGAGGCUUCCGGAGCCCAGUGCUUUCUAUGGGGUAUUUGAUGGUCAUGGAGGACCGGAAGCUGCAGCUUAUGUGAGAAAAAAUGCAUUCAGAUUAUUCUUCAGAGAUACCAAUUUCCCAGAGACUUCAGAAGUUGAUGAUGCAUUUCUAGAAGGGGUGGAGAGCUCUCUUAGGAAAGGGUUUCUUCUGGCGGACCUUGCUUUAGCUGAUGAGUGCAAUGUUAGCAGUUCUUCUGGAACCACUGCACUGACAGCUCUUGUGUUGGGAAGGCUAUUAAUGGUGGCAAAUGCGGGAGACUGCCGAGCAGUCCUUUGCCGUAAUGGAGAGGCAAUCGACAUGUCUCAAGACCAUAGACCAAAUUAUCCAUCAGAGAGGAGGCGUGUUGAAGAGUUGGGUGGAUUUAUCGAUGAUGGUUAUCUGAAUGGUAUACUAUCAGUGACCAGGGCCUUGGGGGACUGGGACAUGAAGCUGCCUCGUGGCUCUGCCUCUCCUCUGAUUGCAGAGCCAGAAUUUCGACAGAUAGUUCUGGCGGAGGAUGACGAAUUCCUUAUAAUUGGUUGUGAUGGAAUCUGGGAUGUCAUGUCAAGUCAACAAGCAGUUACGCUAGUGCGUCGGGGGCUAAGAAGGCAUGAUGAUCCUGAACAAUGUGCUAAGGACCUUGUCAUGGAGGCCUUGCGGCUCAAUACAUUUGACAAUCUUACUGUAAUUAUUAUUUGCUUUACUUCCCCUGAUCAUCACGAGCCAUCACCAAUGCGUCAAAGGAGAUUAAGGACCUGCAGCUUCUCUGCAGAAGCCUUGUAUAGCUUGCAGAGCUGGUUAGACAACAAUGGGAGCAAUUGAUCGCGGUACAAGCUGUUUGCAGCUGCCUCAUUUGGGCAGAAUAAAAAGCAGCUAUGGUUUUGAUAGUGAUAUUCUCUUUUCUUGCUGUUGUAUUUGGGUGGAUGUGUGUACAUACAAUUGGUUGGUGAGUGGGAGCUACACUGACUUGUAGUUUUAUUAUAGCUGCUGUUAGCAUAUGGCCGUGUUUAUGUAACUCAUUAUAUUAGUUGUACAGAAUGAACACUUGGGUACUUUUUGCUCGUUAAAACAAACCUCUCCCUUAUUGAUUGGUGCUAGGGAGAAAUGGAUUUUUAACUA